CGAUCUUCACCCAAGCGAGUGGCCAAUCACAUUGAGCCGGCCGCAAGGUGGGGAAACCUUUUGUUGACAACAUCCUUCAUGAACACCUUCAAUCAACCUACCAACCUCAAUUGAGUCAAUUUGAAGAUGACUCCCACCGCUGUACUCCGCCGCUUGGCUCUCAAUGCCUCCCGAACCUCUCGUGCCUUUCACAGCUCCUCUCGAGUUUUCAUCAAAGUUGGGGACAAGAUUCCUAACCUCGAUGUCUUGGUUGAGAGCUCACCUGGCAAUAAAGUCAACUUGAGUGAAGCUAUUACGGGAAAAGCUUUGAUCAUUGGUGUCCCAGCUGCCUUCAGCCCAUCGUGUUCAAACAGCCACAUCCCUGGUUACAUCAACCACAAAAACUUGAAGAGUGCUGGUGACGUGUUUGUUGUUGCCGUCAAUGAUCCUUUCGUUACAAAAGCAUGGGCGGAAGCUCUCGACCCUACGGGCAGCUCAGGCAUCCGCUUCCUCGGAGAUCCAACCGCCAAGUUUACUGAAGCAUUGGACCUAGCUUUUGACGGUACUGCCAUCUUUGGUGGCCCAAGAAGUAAGAGAUACGCUCUUGAGAUUGAAGACGGCAAGGUCAAGGCAAUACAUGUUGAACCUGACAACACCGGACUUAAUGUCUCAGCUGCGGAGAAGGUUCUUGGUUGAAAUGAAAUGGCGGAAGUUGAUCCAAAGUUGCGAACAAUGGCAUGAGAAACGAAGAAUUAGAGAAAAUGGCACUCAUUCCCUCAGUUCCUUCCCGUAUCAUCUUCAUUGGUGAU